CAUUCCCGAAGUGUUUCCGUCCCGAGCGUCCACACACUGGAGUCAAAGGCCGCUCGAAAACCGCUCGAAUGGGUUGGCGGAGAGGAUUAAACCGAAACAAAAUAUGAUCUUUUGAUGGUUUACCUUCACCCAAGCAAGUCUAACGUUGUACAAAUGGACUGUUGAAGGUUUGUACUUGGUGGUGAAGAUGAAAUUGCCACGCUGUAUUCGAGUUUUCGUGGAUAUUUGAGUCUUUUUUUUCUUCAGUCGUCUUGUUUGUUGGUCUACACGGUUUUAACAAGCUAGCGCUAGCCUCGAUUCUAGUGAGCUGCUUUUUAGCUGCGAUGGUCUUUGCAAGUAUAUGCGGAUGUCUUUGGGCCAGUCUACUCUGAACCGACGGCAACAAAUGGGAACAUCCAGCAUCGGCCGAAAACAUCGUGGCAAAGAAUAAACAUUAAAGAUUCAGAAAACUAUUUGAUUCUGUGGAAAUUCAGACAGAGGAUUCUGUGGACUCCAGAGCAGCAGGUUGUUUUUCUAGUUGGAUUUUAGCCCACUGACAUUCUCCCACAGCCAUGGAAUCGAAAUGGUGAUCGUGACCUAAUGCUCAGUUCACCUGUGCCCCAGUUGGCACUAUAGUCUCCAACUUUCCAGUGCUGUGCCUCACGUAGCCAACUGGGCUGAGCUGCAGAGAAAUGAGGUCCUGCAUAGCAUUGGAAAAAAAGCACAGCACCUGUCACAGAGGCCUGAGGGGGACAGAGGUGAUAGCGGUAUACCAGCAAGCUCCGCUUACAGGAAAACAGCAAGCCUGCUCCCCCAGAUGGAGGUUCAUAUGUUAAGAGCAGUGACUCAAUAUAUGCACAGAUGCAGUUGCUUCAAUGACAGCCUCAAUGCACCCCUUGUCCUCUGAACUGCCCCACCACAGUGGACCCCUUUGCCGCUACUCCUCUGCUGACGGUUGAUGACGAUGCAAUGGCAGCGUGAAUGAAGCUUGGCGUGGGGAGAGCUGAACGAUGCCCAAAGGUGGGGGUUCUAAAACCCCCCAGCUGGACCACUUCCCACUCAACACCGACAUGGUGGAAAAGCAGGGUGGGAAGAAGGAUAAAGUGUUGUCAAACAAGACUCCCAAAUUGGAUCGCAGUGAUGGGGUCAAAGAGAUGAAAGAAAAGGCCCCUAAAAGGAAGCUGCCCUUCACUGCUGGAGCUAAUGGAGACCAGAAAGAUUCUGAUUCAGAGAAACCAGGUCCAGAGCGGAAGCGCAUUAAAAAGGAGCCCACCAACACCCGGAAGGCGGGCUUGCCGUUUGGAAUGGGGAUGCCAGGGAUCCGGGCCGGGUACCCCCUCUCUGAGCGGCAGCAGGUGGCCUUGCUCAUGCAAAUGACAGCUGAGGAGUCCGUCAACAGUCCAGACACAACACCAAAGCACCAGUCACAGUCCAGUCUGGGUCAGAAGGGAACGCCAAACUCUGCAUCUAAAACCAAAGACAAAGUGAAUAAACGAAAUGAGAGAGGAGAGACUCGGCUGCACAGAGCAGCAAUCCGUGGAGAGGUACGCCGCAUCAAGGAGCUCAUCAGCGAGGGAGCUGAUGUGAAUGUAAAAGACUUUGCAGGCUGGACUGCAUUGCAUGAGGCGUGCAACAGGGGGUACUAUGAUGUGGCCAAGCAGCUGCUGGCAGCCGGAGCAGAGGUCAACACCAAGGGUCUGGAUGAUGACACUCCUCUACAUGAUGCAUCCAACAAUGGACAUUUCAAGGUGGUUAAGCUACUUUUACGGUAUGGAGGGGACCCACGUCAAAGCAACAGAAGAGGUGAAACACCUUUGAAGGUUGCCAACUCUCCAACUAUGCUGAAUCUGUUGCUGGGGAAAGGCACUUACACCUCAAGUGAAGAAAGUUCAUCAGAAUCUUCAGAAGAGGAAGAUGCCCCUUCAUUUGCCCCAUCCAGCUCUGUCGAUGGCAAUAACACAGACUCAGAGUUUGAGAAGGGCCUGAAGUUGAAAGGGAAAACAGCAGACCCUCCUAAAUCUGCAGUCACACCCGUCAAAGAUGAAUACGAAUUUGAUGAGGAUGAUGAGGAGGAACGUGUCCCCCCUGUGGACGACAAGCACCUCUUGAAAAAAGACUUCCGCAAGGACUCGAUCAGCAAGCCCAACAGCUUCAUCUCCAUACCCAAGAUGGAGGUCAAAACCUAUUCCAAAAGCAACUCGCUCACACCAAAGAAAACUGUCAGGCGGAUCAUCUCUGACAGUAACAGUUCAGACGAGGAUGAUAGGACGUUGUGUUUCACGCCAGCGCCUACGCCACGGCAACAGGCCCAGCAAACAAAUACCAAGACUAGAGACUCUGGCAGCCUGAGCCUUAAACAACAGAAAGACAAGAAUAAAGUCAAAAAGAAGCGGAAGAAGGAGAGUAAAAACAACGUCAGUAAAGAAGUCAGAUUUGGUAAAGUAAAUGACAAAUUUUGUACAUCUGACUCUGAUUGUGCAGAUUUGGAGAGUGAGGAUGAUAAGGGCUCAAAUAGUAUAAAGGACUCUUCUGCAACGAGCCUGAAAGAAUCCCCUGGCUUUAACGCAUCCUCCUCCUCCUCCUCCUCCCAUGGAAACUUGAACUGUCAGAAACAAACACCAUCAUUAGCAGAACAGCACCCAAAGCAGUGGAGGACAGAUGGCUGGAAGACAGUGUCAUCUCCGACAUGGUCAGAUGUCAGUUCUCUCUCAGAUUCCGUCAGAACAAGACUGUCCAGUGAGUCUGACUACUCCUCUGCUGAUUCCAGUGUAGAGUCAAUAAAACAAGUGAAGAGGAAAGCGCAGGAGAACAAAAAGAAGAAUAACAAUGUGCACAGUAACACAGUAGACAAGAAAAACUCUGAGCUCUACAAAAACUCCAAUGCAGACAGUACGGCCUCUAAAACCGAUGUAGAUGGCAAAGUGCUGAAAAAGCAUAAAGUGAAGCACAAGCACAAAAAUAAGGAAAAGGACAAAGCUCCAAGUCUAGUGCUUAAUCAAGACAUGAACGAGAAAUUUGUCAAGAGCUAUUCUUUUGAUUUUGACGAUUCAAGGCAAAAGUCCUUAAUUGUUGAAUCAGAAUCCCCAUCUGAGAGCAAAGUCAAGUUAUCUAAACACGAAAAAGACCAUUCAAAAAAGGAGGAUAGGCUGUCAAAAAGCAAGUCUGAAGAUAAGGAGUGGUCAUCUAGCAAAGACUUGCAUAGAACAGUGAAAGAGGAGAAAAAUAAGAAAACAAAGGACUCCACCAAGGACAAGACAAAUAAGGAAGAGAGGGAAAAGCCUGUAAAAUCUGACAAGGAUAGAAAUGUCAAGGAGAAGGAGAAGCCCAAGGAGGAUAAACAAAAAGCUCACAAAGAGGAGAAGAAGAAAAAGUCCAAGGAAAAGUCCUCCUCAAAGGCAGACAGGAAAAGUGAGCAGAAAGAGGAAAAACAUCUAAAGGUGGACAAGGAGAAAAACACCAAGGAGGAAAAGGAGAAAUGUAAAAAGGACAAAGCACAGAAGGAAGAGUCAGAGUAUGAAAGCUAUGACGUUAACAACCGUUUCCUCAACCUGGAGGACACAAAGCUCAGUGCCUCAGAUGACCAUCAUGACAGGUGGGGCUCAGAGAUGUCCUCUGACUCCUCCCUCUAUGGAGAUGACAGCUGGGACGCACCUGUCAAAGAGUACAAGGAAUACAAAGCCAACAACGCUGUUAAACUAAUUGUUGAAACUGUUAAGGAAGAGACGAGGAGGAAAGAAAACAAAGUCAAGGACAAGAAAUCAGACCAUAACGAGAAAAGAUCAGAGAAAGAAGCCACAUCUAAGAAGAAAGACAAAGACUCCUCGGAAAAGACAAAUGAAAAGAAAAAAGACUGGUCAGAAAAACAAAAAUUAAACUCUAGUCACUCAGUUGAAAAAGAGAAGAAGCGGAAGGAGUCCACAGAUGUAGUCAAAGACAAAAAGGAGAAGGAUUCUCUGGACAUUAGUCGAGACCGCAAAGACUCAUAUGAGUUCAUGAAGGAAAGAAAGGACAUAAAAAUCAAGCAAGAAUCUAUAAGAGACGACAAUGAUACUUUCUUCAAAGACAUUGAUGCUGUCAGUAAAUCAUGUGAUAUCAGAGAAAGAAACCACUCUGGAAAGGAGAAAGAAAAGAAGGGUGAGGGAGUGGAAAAGCGAGAGAAGACAAAAGCUGAUAAGCACAAGGAGAAAACAAAAGACAGAGGAGCUGAUCAGGAGAAGGAGAAGAGUGAGAAAAGCUCCAUAGAAAAAGCUGUCAAGGAAAAGGAUGCAGACCGUAGCACCAAAGACAAGAAGGAGGGGGCCAAAGACAAACAUAAAGAGUCUCAUGGCAAAGACAAAGAUCGAAAGAUGUCAUCGGAACAGACCAAGGACAAGAAAGAAAAGGCUUCUCAAGACAAACAUGCUGAGAGGGAGAAGGAUUACAUCGAGGUAAAGAAAGAGGAAAGAAAACCUGAGAAAAUUCGAGAGAAAACGUGGUACAAGAUAGCUGACAUUUUCACUGAUGAAAGUGAUGAUGAUGAGGACAGCUACAAUGGUGGGGUUGUGUCUGACUCCAUCAGAAAAGACUCAACACCUGAUCAGGAUGAGCUGGAUCACUUCCCUUCAGAAAAAGUUCGGAAAUCUUCUGCGGAGGCUAAACAUAAUAUCGAAAAGGCGAAAGAAAAAGAACACAAAGAGAAGAAGAAAGAAAAGGCCACAUUUGACACAGGUAAAGAAAGGAAAGGCUCCCUAGAGAAACACAACAAAGACAAGAAAGACUCUGUGGAUGCAAAACAUAAGGAAAGAAAAGACAGAAUGUCAGUGGACUCAAACCAAGAGAAGAAAAAUAAGCAGAAGCUGUUGGAUAAAAGGGAUACCAGUGAGGAAAAGACAAAGAGCAAAUAUAAAGACAAGCUGGACCAUUCUAAGGAAAGGAAACCUUCAAAAGGCAGCGGUGAGAAUGAAAAGUCCCUCUUAGAAAAAUUGGAGGAGGAAGCUAUGAAUGACUACAAGGAUGACUCUAAUGACAAGAACAGUGAAAUCUCUUCGGACAGCUUCACUGACCGAGGUCAUGACCCAGUCCUCACUAGUUACUAUGACUCCAUCAGCCUGACAGAUGUGUCUGAGGACAGGAGAGACUCCCUGUCUAUAUCUACACCCCAGGAUAAGUUCAGAGAGAAAGAGAGGCAUCGACAUUCCUCCUCUUCUUCGUCCAAGAAAAGUCACGACAAGGAGAAAGAAAAGGUCAAGAAGGACAAAGGAGAGAAACGUGACAAGACAGAGGAGAUCAGAGAAUCUUACAGUCGCAGAGAGAGUUUACCUUUUGAGAAAGAGCCCAUGCCUCUAGAGGCAGACCCUUACACAUUCCCAUAUGGAGGUAAGGGAGAUGGUGAAGACGACUUUGAUAAAACAUUGGAAUUUGAAAAAGAGAUGUCCAAAAAGGACAAAGCAACUGGUGUCAUCAGUGACAGGAUGAAGGACAAAAAGAAAAAAGAGAAACACAAGGAAAAAAUUAAGGAGGAGAAGAAUAAAUACAUGGAUGGCUUUGGGUCAUUUAAACACUCCAAAGAGGAUGUGAAGUCAGGGUUGAAAGAUGGGCCCCAGGUAACUGUUCUGAAAGACAGAUCAAAAGAAGAAAGUCCCAAAUUUGAUAUGAAAAAAGACCGAAAUCGGGAUACGCUGGACAAAGACAACAGAAUGGACCACAGUAAAUCAAAGGCUAAGGAUGAAAAUGAAAAGCUCACUCAGUCCAAAGACACGGUGCGGAAAGAUAAUCGUCCACGUGAAAAACUGUUGGUGGAUGGUGAUUAUCAAAUUACAAGUUUUGGUCAGAUGCUGAGUCUAAAAGACCAGGAGAUUGAAGAGCGCCACAAGAGACAUAAAGAAAGGAUGAAGCAGAUGGAAAAGCUGAGACCCAAGUCAGGGGAUCCUAAACUCAAGGACAAAACUAAGUCCACAGAGGAAGUCCGGAAAAAUCGCAGUGAGCUUUCAUCAAAGAAAUCCAACAGCCUGGAGUCUGGUCUUAAAGAGAAGAAGCUGAAGGAUGUGGGUCUCCCGGCCCAAAUGAUGUCCCCUAGCAGGAAGUUCCAGCCUACUGACAGUCAAAACUCAAAGGACUGGCUGGCUGGACACCAAAUGAAGGAGAACCUUCCUGCUUCUCCUAGACCAGAUCAGAACAGGCCAACUGGUGUCCCCACACCAACAUCUGUCAUCUCCUGUCCAAGCUAUGAAGAAGUAAUGCAGACUCCACGGACCCCAUCUUGUAGUGCAGAAGAUUACCCUGACAUCAUGCUGGAUGGUCUGGACUGCCAGAAUUCAUCAGCUAUGACUAUGUCUAUGAACGCUUGCUCCCCAUCCUUCUUUGAAAGCAGGUACUCUAACUCCCAGGGUUUCCAGGAGGGCACCUGCCCUACCCCUGCAAAGAAUCUCCAGCUGCCACUUGUCAGCCGUUCUGCAUCCUCUGAUGUCCGCAGGCCUCUGGAGGAUGAGUUCAAAGCUGAAGCUGACAAGUUCCUUCGACAGCAGAGUGAUCCAGCUGCUGAAUUUGAUCCAGCUUCCUCCCAAACUCUAGAAGAGAAAUCAGCAUCUGUGGAUAGGCUGGAGUGUCUGCCAUCACCCUAUUUCUCCCCGAUAAGAAUGUUGUCCCCUCGGCGGGAACCAACUCAUCCAACGCCAGACGUGGCAGCACCAACUCUUGCUGGCACAGAGAGUAAUGAGCACCUUCCUGACAGUGUGUACAACAGUUUCUUGCCCAAACCUUCUACACCAGUUCACAGGCCAGACCCCCAAGAACCCUGCUUCGACAUUGCUGCACCACCAACCCCAGCUCCUGCUGCUUUGCCACCGCUGGAUAUCGAUGACAUCUCUGAGCCUCACCACAGUGAGCCUAACCUGGUCCUGUCAGAUCUACCUUCUGUCACAGAGGAACAGGAACAGGAACAGGAAGAAGAGGAUGAAGAAGACGAGGAUGAUGAGGAGGACGGUGAUUUGGAUGAAAGAGCUGAUGGAGAUCACUGUGCAGCAGAGGAGGCGGAGCAAACAGCAGAGCCUUGUUCCUUCUCCCCUCAAGUUGAGGACCCUCUAAGGAAGAGCUGGCCUGCAGAGUCUCCAGAACGGCAAGAUCCAGAGGUCCACCAGCUCUCUCCAGCACACUCUGCACCCAACCAUGGAGAUAAUUGCUUUGAUCAUAGUAUGGGUUGGAAUCCUGAUAUGGACCUCAAAUCUCCCCACAGGACAUAUGGAGAGAUAGAGGCUGCUGUCUCCAAAAUAACCAGUCCUUAUUCGCAUUCAGACAGUGACAUGCAGCACAUGUCUGGACACCCCUCUGUCACUCCCCCUUACGCCACCUGGAAUAGGUGGCAUAAGGAGGACCCUGAGGACUUCGAUGAGCAGAAGGAGGCUGUGGCCGAUAUCCCUUCUCCAGAGAGGCCUGACACAGCUAUGGAUGGGGAACCCAACUAUUUAAACACCUCAUCAUCCUCCACUAGGCUGGAGUCUUUCUUCCAGGACUGCAACAAGCCUAACAUAGAGGAUAGUCACCAGAUGGAUACAGAGUCAGCAUGUAUAGAGCCGGACAGCAGACAGAGCACACACAGCUUCGGUGCUACCACUGAUGGCGACAUGGCUCCAGCUGUGGGCCCUGAACCAGUGGUGCCAUGGGCAGACCCAUUCUCUGCUGAUGCAGAUGAACUGGAUGACCUGGGACCAUUCUCCUUGCCUGACUUACCACUCCCAGACAAGUCAGAAGAAGCUGAGUCUCGAGACCCAGAACUAGCUGACCACAACAAGACUGUACCGACCCACAUUAGACAUACCAUCACAGACGUAGAUGACCCAGACAUAAUGGAGGUGGACCUACCAAGCCUAGCUAAGACUUCAUGCUCUACUGUAGACCUAGGGCUAGGCGAACCUACCGGACAAGACCUGGUUGUACCAUCACCACAUACCAACUUCCAGCAAGAGUUGGACCCUGAGCCUCAGAGUGUGCCAGUCAACAGCUCUCUGUCUCUCACACAACAACAGAGCAGCAUGUUGGAAAGAAAGGGACCUUACGGAGGACCUGAUGAGUCGGAUCCUAGUGUGUUGUAUUCGUCUGUGAAAUCAGAUGCCACUCAGCAACAUCACAUACAGAUCCACUCCCUCACUGAGUCUUUGCAGUUACCCCUGGAAUCAGUGUCUGCUGUCAAGUCAGAGGUGAGACCAGAGGAGAUGUCUGAGCCUGUAGCAGAAUCCAUAUCAUGCAGUCCUCUUCCUCAGCUCCCAGUGGCAGUCUCCCUCUCCAGCACAGUGGAACAAUCCGACACCCAGGAGGCCACUUCCAAGCAGACGCCGGUAACCCUGACCACAGUGUCCCCCACAUUAGAUAUCCCCAAGAAGGUGGAGGAAAUCCCUCAAAGGAUGACCCGUAAUCGCGCCAAGAACAAUCCUUCUGCUGCUGCUGUCCCUCCUACCUCCAGCAUAACUUCUUCUGCAACUGCCACCCCUGUAACAACCAGUCCAGCAGUGAGCAUUAACCCUAUUCCUACGAGAACUCAGACCCCCACCUCUGCCUCUACCUUCUCAGCUCUGAAGAAAGACAAAGAAUCUGUGCUUAGUGUCUCUUCUGCUGCAUCUAAUUCAACCCCAGCAGUGGCUGUAUCUACUUCUGUGACCACCUCUGCAUCAGUGGUUCUCAGUAAGACGACUAAAGGUCGUCCUCUUCCUAUGGACGAAGAGGAAUCUCAGACCCAGCACCCACGGAAGAGGAAAUUUCCACGUUCGGCUGGGCAGCAAGUCCAGGUCCAACUGGUGAACACAGCCAUGCAGCAGACCAGAGAAAUGAUUCAGCAGACUUUGGCUGUAGUAGUCAAUGCCAUCAAGCUGGACGAUAUUGAGCCUUACCACAGUGACCGUUCCAACCCUUACUUUGAGUACCUGCAGAUCAGGAAGAAGAUUGAGGAAAAGAGGAAGAUUCUGUGCUACAUCACCCCACAGGCCCCACAGUGUUAUGCCGAGUAUGUGACCUACACCGGCUCCUACCUGCUAGAUGGCAAGCCCCUCAGCAAGCUUCAUAUCCCUGUGAUUGCCCCACCUCCAUCGCUGUCAGAACCUCUGAAGGAGCUCUUCAGACAACAGGAGGCUGUGAGAGGGAAGCUCAGGUUGCAGCACAGCAUAGAACGGGAGAAGCUGAUUGUCUCAUGUGAGCAGGAAGUGUUAAGGGUCCACUGCAGAGCUGCCAGGACAAUAGCCAAUCAGGCUGUGCCGUUCAGCGCCUGCACCAUGCUUUUGGACUCUGAAGUAUACAACAUGCCAUCAGAGAGCCAGGGUGAUGAGAACAAAUCUGUGAGAGAUCGCUUCAACGCUCGUCAGUUCAUUUCCUGGAUCCAGGAUGUGGAUGAUAAAUAUGACCGCAUGAAGACAUGUUUAUUGAUGCGGCAACAGCACGAGGCAGCAGCCCUCAACGCAGUGCAAAGGAUGGAGUGGCAGUUGAAGGUCCAGGAGCUGGACCCAGCGGGGCAUAAGUCCCUCUGUGUCAACGAAGUGCCGUCCUUCUACGUGCCAAUGGUUGAUGUCAACGACGACUUUGUCCUGCUGCCUGCGUGACACAUCUGUGCUCACAGAUAGAGAGCAAACUUCGUCUGAAUUACUUCUUCUCAAAGAGACUUCGUUGAACAGAACGAAUGGAAAGGGCUAGCAAGUUUGAAAGAGGACUUUAGACAGGAAAAAAUAUUAUAUAGAAAAAGAGUACAGAUGGAAAAACUUGCUCUUGAUUCCCUUCCGUGAAGAAGGAAACCUGUUUUUACUGGGGAAAAAGAAAAUACACAACUUGCACUUUCAUCCUCAAAGUUUUUACUCUUUUGUUUGAUCAGAGCGCGAAAAGCAGAAACAGUUUUUGCUUUGAGGCUCUGACAUUGGGACACAACUCCUCAGUGCUCAGUUACAGUGAGACAGGGGACAGAGAUAUAUUUUCUGCGUUCGUUUUUGGUCCCUGCUUCAAUAGACCCACCACCACCACCACUGGGAGGAGGUUUCGGAGAGGAGCUCACCCAAAAGCGUGGUGCCUGUCCUGAGGGAGGACUUAGGAGAAGCCUCCCCUGUUGACCCAGGGCUCCUGGUGGGCCAGGAGAACUAGGCAGAGUGCAGCGCUGACCCAGAAGAUGUCAAUGGAGCUGUGGUGCAUCAUUUGGAUCUUCAGUGUGUAUCUAAAGCGAGACGGCUGGGACGGACAGACCGGGAAGCUAGAACCAGCCGCUGAUGGAUUUGGGGCUAUAAGACCAUAUACCCAGAGGACACCCUCUCUGUUCACACUGCACCAGGCCGAGCUAAACAAUUGUGCGACAGAGCCUGCAGCAGGUUGGAAUACAGCAGAGGGAUAUCGAUGUGUGUGUGCACGUCUGAGAGGAAGAGACUGAUCCUGCAGCCUCUCAGCCUUGCUAAACAGAAGAGGACAGGCACGGAUCCCUGAGGACAGACCGGAAUGUUCCUCAGCCACCCUGCUUGCUCCAACACAAACACAUCAGACCGCCAUGGACUGCAAAAACACCACAGGACAACCAGAAGAAACAAACAUAACGAAUGUUGAGAUUCAAAGAGACUAUUGAGAAAUUGUGGUUUUGGCAGGUGGAGAGAAAUAUUGUUUUUGUCUAUUUCUUUACUUGGGCAUUUCAUUGUUUCUGAGGAAGUGACUUGAAACACUACAGAGCCAAUAUUAGUUUAAUGGAAAAAAACAAAAGAAAACUGAAAAAAAGUUGUAUUCCGUAAAUUAUGUACAGUUUUUAUAUUCGUUAACCAAUGUAUUCUUGCUGCCUUCUAGAUAAUUUAUUUUGCCACACAUUACUGCACAGUUGUAAAUAACCUAUGUACUGUAAUAUCACUCAGUUAAGUGUAAAGAAAAAACAUAAAAGAAAUAAAAAUUAUCUUUUUAUGUACAGUUCACUUUUGGGCAGCACUUUCCCCCCUCAUAUCCAUGGGCCAAAAUGUGUACACGAUUCUGUCAGUAUUUGAAAGACUCCAGUGCACAGUUGUAUGAUCCCAUCACUAGAUUCAGUCCAGGGUAAGGUAAAGCAACUCACCUGGAUGUGGAUCACCACAACAAACACAGAAAUAGCUGACAGAGACCACUUCUGGAUUUAACCGGCCUCCCACAGGCCAACCACCAUUUAGUCCCUCAGAUGUAGCAGAAUAGUUGUUGAGGAUUUAUUUAAAGUAUAGACAGAGGAUUAUUAUUCAUUGCUUUACUACACAAUUAUAUCUGAAAAAUCUCGAACCAAGAAAAUGCCUUUUUCAGUGAAAAAAAAAAAAAUGUACUCAUUGUUGGGCAAAGUCGCAUAGAUAUAUAUGGGUGGGAUGAAAGUAAGAGAGAUGUCAUUCAUGAGCAAAAGCAUCACGUUAAUGUGUAAUAGUUUCAAAUUAAUUUUCCUUAUUUUUUUAAUUUACAAAAAUUGGACUGAAAUCAUUUCUAAUCAUCACAAAACAUCAUUGUGUAAAAUGUACAGGACACGGGUCUUUCAGCACCUCAUUUGUUUUUGCAUUAGUCAAACUGAAGAGUUGUAACUUUCAUGGACAUGUUUCAUUCCAUUCGGACUUUUUAACAUUGGUGUGUCGAGUCUGUCUGCUUCUCCGUUACUGGAGAGCAGCUUAUAUUUUCUAGGUGCUGUUCCAGCUUUACUCACUGGAUGGUGCCAGUGGUGUCAGAAAAAACUCAAGAACCUUAUUUGGCUUUGCACAAGACGCGUGGCCUUUCAAUUGAAUGGGUGUUUUUAAAUAUAUUUAAAUUUUAUUACAGCCCAUAGGGAGGUCAGAUCCCUCUUAGGAUUCCAACAUAAUAACAUCGGAAACAUUUAGCUCCAGUCACAUCAGCCUUUCUAAGUUUUAUCAAUGUUUAAUCUGCAAGGGGUUUGGCUAGUGUCGUCAGGGAUUUUAAAUGUUUAGGUUACUUCCUCAUAUUACUGUUGUGUGGUGGCAUUUGCCACAAUCAUGUUCUUGUGUCAGGCCCCAAGCAGACAGUUACAAGACUUAAAUCUUCUCAGAAUGAACUAAAAAGUGGACACGCAUUAACACAAACAGCAGAGGGGAAAGAAACAGCCUUUGCUGAGUCAAAUUUUUAUUGUCCUCAGUUUAAAAAAAAAAAAUCUCAUCAAAAUGGUGAUUUGUGAUGACUGGUAGUGAUUCUCAAUUUUCAGUGGGUCUUUUGAAAAGCUUUCCUGACCUACCACAUAGGCUGCCUGUCUGUGUGUGAGAGCUGCUCAUGUAUCCUGAUGGCAAUAUUAUCUGAAACAUUUAAGUGAUUUACACACUGUCAGUCAGCAUAGCUGUGUAUGGUAUGUCUAGUCAAGUGCAAUGGUUGUUGCUAUUACACUGUGCAGACAAGGUGGCUAGAUGUAUAGUUACACACACAUCCUGGUUGGUAUACAUACAUAUACAUACAUAUUUGGAUACAAAUAGCCAGAAAUUUUGUUUUUUUUAAACCCCCUGUUCGCCAUGUUUUUGUUUUUACUUUGUUGUUGGUUUCUUACACAGUUUUUGGGGAAGAGGUUUAGGGUGUCUUUUGUUCACAGAAUCCUUGUGUGUUUUUUAACUCGGUGUAUGUAGUUUUGAAUGUUGUUGUGUUUAUCUUUGGGGUUUUUGUUCCUGUAUAAAGCAUAAACACCAGUGGCAUGUCAAUCACGUUGCUUAUCGAGCAGAAUGUAUACCGUUACUAUGCCCUGACCGACCACACCCUCACUAUUGUUUACAAGACAUCAAAUGUGUUUCCGUUUCAUGUGUCACCUUUUUUUAAAAACAAAAAACAAACAAAAAAAGAAAAAAAAAAACGGUUUAAGCCCUUGCCUUUGUUUUUACUCCCGUAAUCAGUCAUUUAUUUGAACCACAAAGGCUUGAAAUGGUGAUGGUUGACACAAGACAGUCACGCAUUGAACAACUGACAGGCGAUUUCUCCCCCCCAGUCUGCAAUACACCGCUGCGCAGAGCAAUAGACUAAACACAUCCAUCCACAUUGAUUCUCCAGUGUGAAUAUUCAACAAGCAAAGAGUGAUUUCUGGAUAAAUUCAGUACAGACGACACACACAUCAGUCCUCAGAUGCACAGUAGAGCACUUGGCCGUGGUGAUACAGAUGCUAGCCUGACACCACCUCAGUCAGCAACAUAUUACCUCUACUCUCCUCACAUUCACUCAUAAUGUUUAUUUUAGAUUUGUUAUUUGUUGUUUUUUUUUUUUCUUACUGGACAUAAAUAUACAUAAUUGCUAUUUUUUCAUUAUAUAGAAUCACGAUUUCAAGCCUUUUUUUCUAGUUUUCUUUUGUUUUAUUUUUUAAUUAAAACCCAGACUGUAGCUGUUUCUUUGUUCCUUUUUUGUUUUAGAAUGGAAAAUGACUAAUAAAAAGCAUGGAGAACUACUCUUUAAAUGGUGAGAAAUAACCUAUUUAUUAUCUUUUUGUUUUUUCUGACACCUGUGGUAUGUUUUGAGUUGAAGUUGGUCUCCGCUGUGUAAAUUUUCCUCCGUGUAAUGCGUGAAAGAGACAUACUGUACAUAGCUCUGUAAAUAAAACCUCCCAGGACGUUUUGCACCCUCCUCUUUGUACUAGUCUGAAAAAUUGCGUAGAAUGUGGGGUUCUAACAGCAACGAGCUGCGUGCGCUCGCUGCAGGUGAUUAUGAUGUAACAAUGUAACAUUUUUUUAUUUGUACAAUGUAGUUUAUUUGUGUACAUAUUGUUGGAGCAGCUAAGGGGGGGGGAGGGGAUAUAUGGGGGGUUGUUGAUGCUAUCGUCAGUGCUGUAACAGAAAUCCAGUACUUUCACCUUUAGCUGUUGUUGAUUUCCUGCAAAAAAAGAAAAGGAAAAAAAAUCACAAAAAAAUAAAAAUGCGAGAAACUGAAAAUGAGGAUGGAUGGGAAAAAAAAGACUAAAACUGAAAAAAUUCUAAAUUGUUAUUUUCUACAGUUGCAUGUACAGAGAGCGCGAGAACUGCUGUUGUUCCUCAGAGAUUAUGUUCGUUAAUAAAAUUUUGAAAUAUUA